GGAUUCCAGCCCUGAUGCUGUGACGAGAGUCAGUGUUUCCCACCCACCGUGGAGCUGGCCUGAACGUUGGGGACGUCAGCUUUCCCAGGAAAAUCCAGAUCCCAGCCCCACCAGAAGCUGAAGCAAUGGCCUCAAAGUCUGAGAAGAGGGUCGCCUCAUCUGUCUUUAUCACCCUGGCACCUCCACGUCGAGAUGAGGCUGUGGUUGAGGAGGUGAGGCGGGCAGCUUGUGAGGCCCGGCCUGGCUGCCCCCGGGAGUCUCCUGCCCCCACAAAGGCACCCGGGGCUGGCUCUGCGGGGAGGCUCUGUUCCUGGACACCCCCCGGCAGGGCUACAGCCCCAGUGCCAGCUGUUCCACCUCAGCUCUCCAGUGGAGGAUGUUCGCUUCCUCCUCCUCCCCUGGAUGGCGAGGACGCACUCCCCGACCUGGACCUCCUCCCACCUCCGCCACCGCCCCCUCCCGUGUACCUGCCUCCCGACGAGGAGCCUCCUGCCCCGAUGGGGGCGUCACUCAUUUCAGACUUAGAGCAGCUGCCCCCACCCCCGCCGCAGCCCCUCGUGGAGGGGCCUCCAGUGCAGCCUCGGCCCAAUCGUCUCAAACCCACAGAAGAGGAGCUGCCGCCUCCCCCAGAGGAGCCUGUCGGCUUCCCCGAGAGAGAGGCCUCCACAGACGUCUGUGCCUUCUGCCACAAGACCGUGUCCCCUCGAGAGCUGGCUGUGGAGGCCAUGAAGAGACAAUACCAUGCCCAGUGCUUCACGUGCCGUAUCUGCCGCCGCCAGCUGGCCGGACAGAGUUUCUACCAGAAGGAUGGGCGGCCCCUCUGUGAACCCUGCUACCAGGACACCCUGGAGAAGUGUGGCAGGUGUGGCGAGGUGGUCCGGGAGCACAUCAUCAGGGCCUUGGGCCAGGCCUUCCACCCCACCUGCUUCACGUGUGUGACCUGCGCCCGGUGCAUCGGGGAUGAGAGCUUUGCCCUGGACAGUCAGAAUGAGGUGUACUGCCUGGACGAUUUCUACAGGAAAUUCGCCCCUGUGUGCAGCAUCUGUGAGAAUCCCAUCAUCCCCCGAGACGGGAAGGAUGCCUUCAAAAUCGAGUGCAUGGGAAGAAACUUCCAUGAGAAUUGCUACAGGUGUGAGGACUGCAGGAUCCUCUUGUCUGUGGAGCCCACGGACCAAGGCUGCUACCCUCUGAACAACCGUCUCUUCUGCAAGCCGUGCCACGUGAAGCGGAGUGCUGCGGGGUGCUGCUGAGGGCACCUGUGGGCUGAGGGCCAUGGUCGCACACCAGCCCCACUCGGGGUCCCUCCCCAGCUUGAUCCCCUUCCUGAGCUGCUCUUGCACACUUUCCUUCCGAGCCACACAGGGACCAGCCUGCAGGCCUGCCCCUCCUGUCCGGGACCCAGGCCUCCUCCCAGCUCAGAGCACCCUUUAGACUCUCAGCUGUUCCUUCUCUCCUCUGGGCCCCGGGAGGCUUUCGUACCAUGAGUAUCAUGCCUGGGGGCCCCACCUCCACGACUCUGGCCCCUUUUGAGCACUGGCCUUGACCUCCAUUUCCAGGGCUGAGUUCGGGUGAGUCUCUAGAUGGCACCCUGUGUCCCUAGCAGUGACACAUUAGCUCUGGGGGUGCUGAGACCAGCUCUGCCUUGCAGGACUGAACGAUUUCAGGAAAACUGCAAAGUCCCUUAAAAAGCACUAUUUUUAAAAUUUGAAGUUUAAGUGAUGAGAAACAUUCUUCGGAUUUU